AUGUUUGUAAGAAGACGUCGAAUAUGUGAAAAAUUAUCUGAUCAUAUAUUAUCAAGUAUUGGUCGUCUUAUAUCAUUUGGUAUUGAUCAAUGGGUACAUGUUGGUUGUAUAUUACCGGCUUAUGCUAAAAAUCUAGAUCAACCUCCAUAUAUAUUACGUAAUAUACGUGAAACCGUGCAACGUUGUCAAACAAAAUAUAUAUGUGCAAUAUGUUCAAAAUUAGGUGCUAGUGUACAUUGUAAUGAAAAUGAAUGUUAUCAACGUUUUCA